AUGGCGUCGAAAUCGGCAGAGCUGAGUGGACUUGCGGAGGAGAAAAGGGCGUUGGAAUCGUCGAAAAAAGGCCGGAAGAGCGUCUCGAUCGAGGCCAAUGUUGAUCAAACGGACGCGAGCACUUUGACGGAAAAUCAUUCCCAAGACGAGGAUCGAAUGAAAACGUUGAAGGAAAAGCUCCAACAGGCGAACGCGAAGCUGUGCGAAACGAAAAACAAUUGCACGCACUUACGACAGGAACUUAACAAAGCCCAAAAGGUGCUGCGAAGCGAAUUAGGUGAGAGCGCGACAACGAUCGCGAGUUUGUUGUCGAGCCGCGGAGGGAGCGAGGGGGGGGGUUGGCGAGGUCGAGCGCAGCAGAUUCUUCGAUUGGAGCAAACGGUGGGGGAGCUGCGCGAGAAAUUGGGGGAUCGGCAAAGUUGCCAGUCUUUGGGAUCCGAACAGAGGAAUUUGGUCCAUUUGCGAAAUCUUGAGAAGGAGAGACGCCGGACGAUCGAAGAGCGGAGCCUGGAACUCGGGCGAGCGGAACUCGCGCUCCAGAAAAGCGAGAAACAACUCCAGGCCGCCAGGGCGAGGAUUAAAAUCUUGGAAAAUGACCUUAACAAAGCUCGAACGACUUUUACGCUUUUGAACGAAAAAAUAAUGCACGACGAUCGGCUCAUCGAGGCCCUUAACGCCCAGCUCGGAGCCGUCGAGGAAAAGUACCGCGAGCGCGAACGCCUCGCGAGGAACGAGAAAAACAAAGCCGAGGAAUCGUGCAAGGAUCUGAAAAACGAGUUGGCAGGCCUUAAAUCUCAGCUCGAUCUUCUCAGACUGAAACUCGCGGAGCGAGAAACCGAAAUUUCAAACUUGAGGAACCGUUCCGAGGAGCCAAAACGCCGAGGAACCGCCGAUCCCGCCGAAGUCGGUUCCGGGCCCCCGAACGUCAACGAUCCUCCAGCGAUCCACAGUCCCAGGGACUCCCAAAAAACGAUAAAUUCCUCGCCCAACGAAUACGUGACUUUGAGCCUCGCCGCUGAAGCCGAACGACAGCGACUCUUCGAACUCGUCGGUCUGCUGAACGGGCGAGUCGACAAAGAGCGAGCGGAAGUCGAUCGAGUUACAGGGCUGUUACGCCAGGAACGUUCGAAGAGUGCCAAGCUCGAGACGAAAUUGCAGAGACUCGAGAUGGAAAGAGUCGGAAUCGGAGCGGGAAGAUUCGAGGCCGGUUACAGCUGCAGAUCGAGAAGCUUCAAGUCUUCGGUGAACUUGGGUUCCAAACGCGAAGUCGGUGACCCUGAAAAGCUUCGGUUAAGGGUGGAGCUUCUCGAGGAAGAGUGUCUCACGCUGAAAGGCAGGUUGGCGACGAUCGAGCGCGACAAAGCCACGGACUUGGAGAUCUACAAGAAAAUGUUGCAGCAGGCCCGAGCCACGUUCCAGCAAGCUUUCAGUAUUUACAACCCGCAACCAAGCACAGGUGUGUUGCGGGUCCAAAGACGAAAAUUAGCUACUGCCACGUGGUAA